AGCCUGCCAUUGCAUGCGCUGUGCUGGCGCCACAACGAGGAAAACAACAAGUGAUCAUAAUUAUUCGUCAGCCCGGGCACGCUGGGUCUCUGAUCCAACGGCUUUUGCGCUGCUCGCCACGUGCGAGUGUGCUCAGCACUGCCACCCCUAGGGAACGCGUGCGCACAGGAUGGCGCCAGUCCUCCCCUGGGUCCUCGACGGCAUCUUGGCCAACGUGUCCCAGGGCACGGCGCUAGCGACCUAUUUCUUCAUCGAUCCCUGGAAUUUACAAGCAGUAGCUUUGUUCUCGGCGACGACGCAAGUUUUAUUCUACUUCUUACAGAGGCCGCCGGUGUGGAUUUUUGUGUUCUGGAACGUGCUGCAGUUCUGCAUCAACACGGUGCAGAUCGUACGGUUGGCGGUCGAUACGAGUGAAGUCCAGUUCGACGAGCGGGAGCUCCAGGCCCUGGCCUUGACGCUGCACUGCUUCGACAGCGUGCCGAGUCGCAAGAUCGCACGCGUGUUGCGAAGCGGGGAGUGGCUCCAGACAAAAAAUGGAGACACCGUCUGUACGUUGGAAGACGGCGAGGGCGACCACGUGCACUUUGUAGUUGAAGGUACGGUAGAAGCCGUAUCGCGCGACGGCCACGUCUGCUACCGCGCGGACACGGGCGGGUUCGUGGGCGAGGCGUCGUUGGCGCACGCCGUCUCCGGUACGUUACCAGAUUAUGAUGCAUUGGACGUGCCCGACGCGGCGCGCUGCGUGGCUCUGGGGGACGUGCGGACGCUGCGGUGGCCCGUGCGGCGGCUGGCUCGGGUGUUGCGGCGCGACGCGGAGCUCUUGGACGCCUUCCGCGAGGCGCUGGCUCUAGAUUUCUACGUGCGCGGCCGGCGUCCGUUUGUCGCGCGUCGAUGGCGUCGCGGCGAGGCCUGGUACAGCUCGUACGCCAUCGACGCGGCGAGAGCGUAGCGGCGAUGGCGACAUUUAAACGCACAGGCCAAGCUAGAAAGAGAGGAGGCCGCCGCGCGCAAGAACGACCAGAGCCCCCCCAAAAGACCGUCCAUCCGCCGCACGCCGCGCGCGCCCGAGACAACGUGCUGUCGCAAACCACCAGUAGUGAGGAGGACGCUCACGCCGCCGCAGUCCGCGUCGUCUAGACGCACAAGACGCCGCGACGGCGUGAAAGCGGUCGCGGAUUUUGUCACGGGUGCCCGGACCUCUUUGUAUCGUCAGACGAUGACGUACUCAUCGAUCGAGUCGCCUCCAACGAGGUACGAGGACGCGUCGCAGUCCGCGGCGGCCACGUCGCGACCGCGCGACGACCUAUCGCUCAAAAAGGCGUACCAAUACCGCGAAAAGAUCGCUCGUUCAUUGCGAAGCAUGCUCUGCUGCGUCGUUGUGGGUGCUUCUAUCUUCCUAGCGUACGACGACGGCGUCGGCUCCUUUUUAGGAAAUGCGUCGCAGACGUUGGUGACGGGCGCCUUCGCGAUCCAAGACCCUCUUAGAUUAAACGUGGUAGCCGGCGUGGGCUCCUUGUUCCAAAUAUUGUUCUUCGUCAUCAGAGACGAGCGCAUCUGGUCGGCGAUUUACUGGAGCGUGGCGCAAUUAGGCUUGAAUUUCUGGGCUAUUUACAGAUUGUACACGAAGCCGCUUGAUUCAACACAUGUCUUCGGGGACAAACAGCUCUUCGUGGCACGCGUGCUGCAGCGCGCGGGCGGCCUGCACCUCUCUCCACCAGAUCUGCACCAGUUGUUGUUGGGUGGGUCAUUACUACCUCCCCCUGUAUGGGAUUACCUAGAACCAGGUGAACAUAUACCAGUGGACCGGGCCGCGUUGCUAUGCAAUGGGUCGGUCCUAGUGACGCGACCCGAGGACGGGUCGUCGCGCACCGCGCUGAGGGGCGCUUUAUUACAUUCCGACGUCGUCGCCAAGAAGCUGGACGCGUUGCCCCCGACGCCGAAGCCCCUCGCCAAGGGUCAAUUGGUCAAGUCGCGGUCCUUCUCGUCCUUCAACGAGGAGCCCCCGACGACCUGCGCCGCGGCGGAGCCCUGCGAGGUGCUGAGCUGGGACGUCGACGCCUUGGUCGAGUUCCUCCGUAAAAAACGGGACGUGCGCCUCUGCGUCAACGCGCUCAUCGCGACGGCGAAGCUCGAGAGCUACAUGCACCUCGACGCGACGAAUGAGCGCACGAAGUGGUGACUGUUGUACUAGUAAGUGAAAGUGUGUGAUUA